GUCACCGGGAGAGGGGUGGGGCCAGGCCCCCUGGGCGAGGGUCGAGGGCCCUCACUCUGCACAGCUGGCCCCUGGGAGGCUAUGCAGUGGGCAGGUGUUGGGGACCCUUGAGGUGCCCGGGGUGGGGGCGCCCAGGCUGCUCUGAAGGGAAGCGGGCGCCAGAGGCCUGGGCUGCAGCCCCCAGACAGUGGUCUGGCACCUUCCUGAGCCCGUGUCCCCUGGAAAGUGGGGAAUGUUCCCUGCCCAGCCCCAAAGCCGCCGCCCCUUGGGCUGGCUUAUCGGCCGCAGCUGUAGCAGAUGGGCCCACACCCUGGCCCAUCCCAGGCGAAGGGAGCGAGGCCACCCGUCCGCAGAAGGGAGGUGGGGUAACAGCCCCCAGGACACUGGCCGCCCAGGAGACAUGAAGGAUGGCAUCCAAGGGGGCUGACAUGUCUUUCUCCCGCAAGAGCUACGGGCUGGCCUCGGACGCUGAGAAGCCCAGGGUCACAGGUAAGGGCUGGGGGCAGACCGCAAUCACAUGUAAGGUUGUUGCUAAAUUAUCCUUCCUGGGAGUGCCUCUCUUGCUCAGCCUCUUGCCAGCCCAGGCUGUUCUGUCUUUCGCAGCCUCUGUUCUCUGGGCAGGCUCAGAGGGCAGCGUUGUUGCCUGUUCCUUUAAGUGGCUGUGGUGGCCAAGGGGUUCCUACUUCUGGGGGGCUGCUGCCUACCUCCACCCCAGCCCCAGUCCAGGCCUGCUCCAGGGCCGUCUGAUCCCUACUUCAUGUGACAGCAGAAAUGAUCCUGCUGCCGCCGCCACCAGCAGGAAACCCCUGAACUUCCAGAACCUGCCAGAGCAUCUGGACCAGCUGUUACAGGUGGACAGUGAGGAUGAGGAGAGCCAGGGGCAGGUGGAAGGGCGGCUCGGCCCCUCCACCGUGGUCCUGGACCACACGGGCGGCUUCGAGGGGCUGCUGCUGGUGGAUGACGACCUCCUGGGGGUGAGUGAGGGCGAGGCCCGGUGGGGCAGUGUCUGCCUGCCGGGCCUGACUUGGCUUUUUCCAGGGAAAUGGGUGUACGAGGUGCUCAUCUCCUCCCAGGGGCUCAUGCAGAUCGGCUGGUGCACCAUCAACUGCCGCUUCAAUCAGGAGGAGGGCGUCGGAGACACGCACAACUCCUACGCCUAUGAUGGCAACCGGGUGCGCAAGUGGAACGUGACCACCACGAACUACGGCAAGGCGUGGGCCGCGGGGGACAUCGUGAGCUGCCUGAUCGACCUGGACGCCGGCGCUCUGUCCUUCUGCCUGAACGGCAUGUCGCUGGGCACCGCCUUUGAGAACUUGUCCAGGGGCCCGGGCAUGGCCUACUUCCCAGCCAUCAGCCUCUCCUUCAAGGAGUCCGUGGCCUUCAACUUCGGCAGCCGCCCCCUGCGAUAUCCUUUCCCAAGGAGGCGUGGGCUGCUGGGGAGUCGGGGCGCUGGGAGGUCGGGGUGGCUCCAGGAAUACGAGGUGCACGACUGCCUCAAGCAGCUGAUGAUGGCCCUGCUGCGCCUGUACCGCUUCUCGCCCAUCGUCCCCGACCUCAGCCUGCAGAUCCACCACCUGCGGCUCACCGUCGCCAUCCUGAGGCAUGACAAGUCCCGCAAGUUUCUGCUGAGCAACGUGCUGUAUCCUUGCGUUGCCGCUCGGGGUCCCAGGAGGCUCGGGAGGACCAGAGCUGCCCAGUGUGGGGGGCUGGCGGGCAGAUUCCGGGGAGACAUGGAGGUGUGGGGGCGCCACAGGGCCUGCCCUCAGCCACAGCACUGUCCUUUACCCGUGUUCCGGCUCGGGGUUCCCCAGAUCCCUGCACCCCUCCUGCCCCGGGGCCCGAGGGCGGGGCUCUGCGGGCUCAGUGUCCGCUCCCCGCCCGCCCCAGUGGUGGAAGAACUGCAGGUCCAGAUCCUGAAGCUGCUGCUGAACAAUAAGGAUGAGAAUGGGGGCGAAGCUUCUAGGUACAUCUUCCUGACCAAGUUCCGGAAGUUCCUGCAGGAGAAUGCCAGCGGCCGGGGGAACAUACCCCUGCUCUGCCCCCCUGAGUACAUGGUCUGCUUCUUGCACCGGCUGAUCUCCGCCCUGCGCGGCUACUGGGAUGAGUACAAGGCUUCCAACCCCCACGCCUCCGUCAGCGAGGAGGCCUACGUCCCGCCCCAGGUCUUCUACAACGGCAAGGUGGACUACUUCGACCAGCAGCGCCUCGGCGGCCUCCUCUCUCACCUCCGCAAGACCCUCAAAGAUGACCUGGCGUCCAAGGCCAACAUCCUGAUCGACCCCCUGGAGCUGCAGGCGGCCACCAUGGACGACCUGGACGAGGACGGCCGCGCCAACCGCUUCCUCAGCACAGCGGCUGUGACCCUGAUGACCCCCCGGCGGCCUCUGAGCGCCUCAGAGAAAGUGAAGGUCCGCACGCUGAGCGCGGAGCAGAGGACCCGCGAGGACAGUAGGUGUCGGGCGGGACGGGCGAGGCUGCUGGCCCGGCCCCCCGAGGAGCCCGAGCAGCCCCUCACGGAGAACUCGCUGCUGGAAGUGCUGGACGGGGCCGUGAUGAUGUACAACCUCAGCGUCCACCAGCAGCUGGGCAAGGUCUCCGUCCGCCCACGUGUGGCCGCUGUUCUGCAUGUUGGGUGUAUGCGUGUGUGCGUGUGCGUGUGCGUGCGCGCCCACAUGCCCCGGGUCUGCAGGGGGGCACGGCUGCACGUGAGCGUGUGCCAAACCUUGCGCCCAGGCCACAGUGGGCCCCAAGGCCAUGGACGCGGGCCGGGUCCUGACCGUCCUUUCUCCUCGGGGCAGAGGAAGGACAUCCUUGAGGAGUUGACCAAGAGCCAGAAAGUUUUCUCAGAAAAGCUGGACCACCUGAGCCGCCGUCUUGCCUGGGUCCAUGCCACUGUCUACUCCCAGGAGAAGAUGCUGGACAUCUACUGGCUGCUGCGCGUCUGUCUGCGGACCAUCGAGCACGGCGACCGCACCGGCCCGCUCUUCGCCUUCAUGCCCGAGUUCUACCUGAGCGUGGCCAUCAACAGCUACAGCGCCCUCAAGAACUACUUCGGGCCCGUGCACAGCAUGGAGGAGCUCCCAGGCUAUGAGGAGACCCUGACCCGCCUGGCUGCCAUCCUUGCCAAGCACUUUGCCGACACACGCAUCGUGGGCACUGACAUCCGUGACUCGCUGAUGCAGGCGCUGGCCAGCUACGUCUGCUACCCACACUCCCUGCGGGCCGUGGAGCGCAUCCCCGAGGAGCAGGUAGAUUUUUCUAGAACUGGCAGUGCUCUAGCGGAGAAGAUGCUGGACAUCUACUGGCUGCUGCGCGUCUGUCUGCGGACCAUCGAGCACGGCGACCGCACCGGCCCGCUCUUCGCCUUCAUGCCCGAGUUCUACCUGAGCGUGGCCAUCAACAGCUACAGCGCCCUCAAGAACUACUUCGGGCCCGUGCACAGCAUGGAGGAGCUCCCAGGUGAGGCCGGGGAGGGCUGUGGGUUCGGGUACCGCUACACACGGCUGCCCCACCUGCUGAAGAUCAAGCCCGAGGACGCCAACCUGCCCAGCCUGCAGAAGCCCUGUCCGUCCAUCCUGCUGCAGCAGCACAUGGCGGACCUGCUGCGCCAGGACCCCGACGUGGCGCCCAGCUUCCUCAACAGCGUCCUCAACCAGCUCAACUGGGCCUUCUCGGAGUUCAUCGGCAUGAUCCAGGAGGUGGGGGGCCUGGGGGUCGGGGUGCUCAUGAUCCAGGAGGUGGGGGGCCUGGGGGGUCGGGGCCUGGAGAGCGUGGACCACUACCCCAUCCUGGUGGCAGUGACGGGCAUCCUGGUGCGGCUCCUGGUGCACGGCCCCGCCUCAGGGACGGAGAAAGCCACGUCAGUGCUCCUGGCUGACCCCUGCUUCCAGCUCCGCUCCAUUCGCUAUCUUCUGGGGCACCCAGAGCCCCCCGGCCCUGGCACUGCCCCGCCUGCCCCUGACCGGAAGCGCUUUUCCCUACAGAGCUACACAGACUACAUCAGCAGCGAGGAGCUGGCCCAGGUGGAGCAGAUGCUGGCACACCUGACCUCCGCGUCUGCCCAGGCUGCAGCUUCCUCCCUGCCCACCAGCGAGGAGGACCUUUGCCCCAUCUGCUAUGCGCACCCCAUCUCUGCGGUGUUCCAGCCCUGUGGCCACAAGUCCUGCAAAGCCUGCAUCAACCAGCACCUGAUGAACAACAAGGACUGCUUCUUCUGCAAAGCCACCAUCGAGUCGGUGGAGGACUGGAGGGCAGGCGGGGCGAGCAACACCUCCUCGGCUGCCUAGGUCUGCGGUCUACACAGCAGGAGCCUCUGCCGGAGCCCAGACCCAGGCUGGGCCCUAUUUAUGAGC